CCUCUCCUCGCACCGAAGCUCGUUCGUGUCAUCGUUAUCCCCACCAUCUCAGCUUGAAUGAUCGAGUCCUCGUUCUCUUUCGCUUAGCCUUUUCUCCUUCGAAUCCUCCUUUGAUCAGCUCUGUUUCGUUAUCUCUGGGAGAUUCGAAAAUGGCGGCCACCGGGAACGGCGAGUUCAGCUUCAGCAACACCGCCGCCGGGACGGCGAGGAACGGGCUGACGAAGAUCCAGACGACGGCGAGCGGCGGCGGCAAGAAGCAGAGCGAGAUCUGCCACGACGACAGCGGCACUCCGGUGAAGGCGCAGACCAUCGACGAGCUCCACUCGCUGCAGAGGAAGAGGUCGGCGCCGACCACCCCCAUCACGGGCGCCCAGGGCUCCUUCGCCGCCGUCUCGGAGGAGGAGCGGCAGAAGCAGCAGCUUCAGUCCAUCAGUGCGUCAUUGGCCUCGUUGACGAGGGAGACCGGUCCCAAGGUGGUGAAGGGCGACCCCGCCAGGAAGAGCGAGACCCCGAAGGUUUCACAGGACACCCACCACUACUUCACCCCCACCGUCGCCGUCAGCGACAGCGGUCUCAAGUUCACUCACAUCCUCUACAACCUCUCUCCGGCCGAGCUAUACGAGCAGGCGAUUAAGUACGAGAAAGGGUCGUUCAUCACGUCGAGCGGGGCUCUGGCAACCCUGUCUGGGGCGAAGACUGGCCGGUGUCCGAGGGAUAAGCGUGUCGUCAAGGACGAGACCACUGAGGAUGAGCUGUGGUGGGGAAAGGGCUCACCUAACAUUGAGAUGGACGAGCAUACUUUCUUGGUAAACAGAGAGAGAGCAGUGGAUUACUUGAAUUCUUUGGACAAGGUCUUUGUCAAUGACCAGUUCCUGAACUGGGACCCGGUGAACCGAAUCAAAGUGAGGAUUGUGUCUGCAAGAGCUUACCAUUCUUUGUUCAUGCACAACAUGUGCAUCCGACCCACUCCUGAAGAGCUGGAGAAUUUCGGUACUCCGGACUUCACUAUAUACAAUGCCGGCCAGUUCCCGUGUAACCGUUACACCCAUUACAUGACAUCCUCGACUAGCAUAGAUCUUAACCUUGCUAGGAGGGAAAUGGUCAUCCUCGGCACUCAAUACGCCGGGGAGAUGAAGAAGGGUCUGUUCAGUGUAAUGCACUAUCUCAUGCCUAAGCGUCAAAUCCUCUCCCUACAUUCUGGAUGCAAUAUGGGGAAGGAUGGAGAUGUUGCCCUCUUCUUUGGAUUAUCAGGCACUGGCAAGACAACUCUGUCUACUGAUCACAAUAGGUACUUGAUUGGCGAUGACGAGCAUUGCUGGGGUGAGAAUGGUGUGUCCAAUAUAGAAGGUGGUUGCUAUGCCAAAUGUGUUGAUUUGUCGAGGGAGAAGGAGCCUGAUAUCUGGAACGCUAUCAAGUUUGGAACUGUGGUGGAAAACGUGGUGUUCGAAGAGCACACAAGGGAAGUGGAUUACUCAGACAAGUCAGUUACAGAGAACACGCGCGCAGCCUAUCCCAUUGAGUACAUACCAAAUGCUAAAAUCCCAUGCGUCGGUCCACACCCGAAGAAUGUCAUUCUCUUGGCAUGUGACGCGUUUGGAGUGCUCCCUCCUGUGAGUAAGCUGAGCUUGGCACAGACUAUGUACCAUUUCAUAAGCGGAUACACCGCACUGGUCGCUGGGACAGAGGAGGGUGUCAAGGAGCCACGCGCAACGUUCUCGGCUUGCUUUGGCGCUGCAUUUAUAAUGUUGCAUCCUACCAAGUAUGCUGCUAUGCUGGCUGAAAAGAUGCAGAAGCACGGCGCGACUGGGUGGCUCGUCAACACCGGAUGGUCAAGGGGAAGCUAUGGCUCUGGCAGUCGGAUCAAGUUGGCAUACACAAGGAAGAUCAUUGAUGCCAUACACUCAGGCAGGCUCUUGGAAGCUAGUUACAAGAAGACUGAUGUCUUCGGGCUGGAGGUCCCGACCGAGGUCGAGGGCGUGCCCUCAGAGAUCCUCGAUCCUGUGAACACAUGGUCGGACAAGAAGGCCUACAAGGACACCCUGUUGAAGCUGGCCGACCUGUUCAAGAACAACUUUGAGACAUUCACCGGCUACAAGAUUGGCAAGGAUAACAAGCUGACAGAGGAGAUCCUCGCGGCCGGUCCGAUAUGCUGAUCUCGAGGCCAAAGGAGUGUGCACGUGUGUGGUGGUUUGGGAGAUUGUACUUGAGCAAGAAUAACAACGUGACAUUUUAUAUUGGGAGUGUAUUAAGUUGAUUUCCUAUAUGCUUGUGUGUAAUAGUUUUAAUUGGGAAACUACCAGGUUUUGGACUUA